UUAAAAAGGGUUUCGAAAGGAAGAAGAAAGGAAUAAAUGGUCGCCGUGUUCACGGAAACCAACAAAGAAACGUAUCACAUCUCUUGACCCAGUCGAAUCCAAAAACGAAAAAAAUUUAAAAAAAAAGCAACCAACUCUUAUAUAUAAAUUAAAAUUCCACCAUAAAUAAAUAAAAUAACCAAAAAAAAAAAAACCUCCUCAAACUAUCACUUAACAAACUCCUCCUUGGCCGGCAAAUUUUCGUUUUGGAAUUUGGUUAUUUUGUUGUCUUUUCCUUCGUCUCCCUCCUCAAGAGUUUUUUUCUCUCCCUACUUCAUGAAUAAUAAUCCAUCUUGUUCUUAAUAUUUCGCCAUUGUUGGAGAGCUCAUGGUGCCCAUCACAUUCCUCUCUUUUUGCAUCCUUGCUUUCCCUCCAUUUCUACAUGCAUUGCCUAAUAAAGCCUAUCGAAUAAACUGCGGUUCGACGAAUUCGCAGACCAUCAACGGCCUUGAAUGGUGGCAGCCCGACGAUGGAUUCACCAAAGUCGGCAACGUUUACAACCUCACCACCGUGACCGUCUCCCCCGUGCUCUCGACUCUACGUUACUUCCCCGAUGCCUCGGCGCGGAAGUAUUGCUACGUGAUCCCGGUGGUGAAGGGCGGCAGGUACAUGGUCCGGACCACGUACUACUACGGCGGCUUCGACGGGGGGACAGAGCCGCCCGUGUUCGAUCAGAUCGUAGAGGGGACGACGUGGAGCGCGGUGAACACGUCGGAGAGCUACGCGGGCGGCCUCGCAGCCUACUACGAGGUCGUCGUGGCCGCGACCGGGAGGUCGAUCAGCGUGUGCUUGGCACGGAACGAGCGCACCACAUCGAGCCCGUUCAUAUCGGCGCUCGAGCUGCAGCAGCUGGAGAACUCCAUGUAUAAUUCUACAGAUUUUACGGCGUACGCGUUGAGCACCAUUGCUAGGCAUAGCUUUGGAUAUAAUGGCUCCGUUAUCAGUUAUCCAGCCGAUCAAUACAACCGAAACUGGGAGCCAUUCGUCGACGAUGAACCGGUCGUCGAGAGCCAGUCGAACGUGACCACGUCGGACUUUUGGAACCUCCCGCCGGAAGUGGUUUUCCACAGAGGAAUAACAACAAGCCGCGGGAAGAACCUCACGAUUCAGUGGCCGCCGAUGAUGCUACCCGACGCAAGCUACUACUUAGCCCUAUACUUUCAAGAUAACCGGAGCCCGAGUUCACUGAGCUGGAGAGCCUUCGAUGUAUCGGUGAACGGCUCCCCGUUCUAUCGGGGACUCAACAUUUCGACCGCGGGGAGCAUGGUCUACGGCCCGAAUUGGUCGCUUUCCGGCUUGACCCAGAUCACAUUGACACCUGAUGUGAAUUCCCCUGUUGGGCCAGUGAUCAAUGCAGGGGAGCUAUUCAUGAUUGUUACACUUGGUGGAAGGACACAUCCUAGAGAUGUGAUUGCGAUGGAGGCACUAGCAAGAAGCUUCAACACUCCACCACCAGAUUGGAGUGGAGAUCCUUGCCUGCCCAGACAAAAUUCAUGGACUGGUGUGACCUGCUCCGAAGGGAAAUUCGCGCGAGUUGUGUCCUUGAAUCUGACAAACUACGGUCUCGGAGGAGGAUCGUUGCCUUACAAUAUAGCCAAGCUAACUGCAAUUAGCAGCAUCUGGCUUGGAGGGAACAAUCUCACCGGCACUAUUCCCGAUAUGAUCUCGCUUAAACUGCUCAAAUCCUUGCACUUAGAGAACAACCAGCUCACGGGAUCGAUCCCUCCAUCUUUAGGGGAGCUCAAGAGACUUCAAGAACUAUUUCUUCAGAAUAACAAUCUACAAGGCCAGCUUCCGGACACUCUGAAAUCCAGAAGGGACAUUAAUAUUCGGAUUUACCCUGGAAAUCAAAUUCACUGAGAGCAAAGUGUUAUGCAAAGGCGAACGAAGUGUUCAACCAAAAGGAGAUUGCAUUUGCAGAAACGAUUAAUCUGGAGUUUGUUGCUAAUAAUUAGAGUGAAAUUCAUCCUGCUGUUGUUACACUGUAUAUGUUGUUUUGCCUCUUAACUGUUUUGCCUCUUAACUGAUAUUGAUUUGAUUUGUUGAAUGUACAUGGACUUGGUGUAGUUUUAUUU